CAACUAGCAUCGCGCUCCACCGCCACACGCCCAUUCAGCCAUGGCCUCCAGCUCCGAGCUCGCCUGCAUCUACGCCGCGCUCAUCCUGCAUGACGACGAAGUCACCGUCAUGGAGGACAAAAUUAAUGCACUUAUUAAAGCAGCUGGAGUAAAUGCUGAACCUUUCUGGCUGGGCCUGUUCACCACGGCUCUAGCUAACAUUGACAUUGGAAGCCUGAUCUGUAAUGUAGGAGCUGGUGGUGCUCCAGCUGCUGCUGCUCCUUCUGGGGGUGCUGCUGCUGCUGGUGGGGCUGCCCCUGCUGAGGAGAAGAAAGAAGAAAAGAAAGAAGAAUCUGAGGAAUCUGAUGAUGACAUGGGCUUUGGUCUCUUUGACUAA